AUGGCCUCUCCUAUUCCAAUCAUUGCUAUCAUCGGGCCCACCGGCAUCGGGAAAACUCGCCUCAGCGUCAACAUUGCCUCAGCUGUCGAUGGCGAAGUUAUUUCCGUCGACAGCAUCCAGGUGUACCGGGACUGCCCCAUUAUGGCAGCGCAGGUCACCCAAGAGGAGAUGAAAGGGGUUCCGCAUCAUUUGGUCGACUACCUCGAUGUAGCUGAAGAGCCCGUCGACUUCACCCCCGAUGCCAUCCAGUGCAUCAAGUCCAUUCACAGUCGUGGCCGCAUACCGAUUAUCUGCGGCGGCUCGACCUCUCUUGUAGAGCCGUUGCUUUUCCACCCAUUUGUCCAAGAGCAAAACCUACUCGUCUUGGUUCUAAAUUCGGAUAUCAAGACUAUUGCCAACCUUUGCGACCAGCGAAUUGAGACAAUGAUGAAGGAUGGCCUUCUGGAUGAGGUCAAGCAUCUUUGCAACUUGGAAAAGCAACAUGGACGGUUUGAAGAUGCCACUCGAUCGGGGGCUUGGAAGUCAAUCGGCUACCCGGAGCUUCGCAAAUGGUGCUCUGCGGAAGAUGCCCCAACGGCGGAAAGACUUCUCAGAGAGGGAAAACUGUUGAUGCAGCAAAACACAGUGGGCUACGCGAGUAUGCAACUGGACUUCUUGUGGUCUCGCUUUAUCCCGGCAUUGUCGAGCAACCAGAAACAGUGCACUGUCUUUGAUGUUACAUCACGAGAGACGUUUGCUCAAGAAGUUGAGAUACCAGCCAUCAGGCGGUGCAAAGAUUGGAUCUUGGAUAGUGCGCAGGAAUUUAGCCUGGUUCGGACGCGGGGAGUUGGCUUCGGGGCCGACUUGGUCCCACGCAAGGAAAUGGCCGAGGUCACGAGUUCAUUGCUCGGGAACUUUAACACGAUGUAG